AUGGCAACCCCGAUAACCAGAGACCUCGGCGACGAGGAGAACCUCUCGUCGCCAGACCCCCUCAACGACACCGUCUCCUCGGCGCUCUACCCCUCCUCCCGUCGCGCGACACGCAGCCAGCGGUCGCAGCGGCUAUUCUCCGUCGGCGGGCCCGGAACGUCGCCUAGAAAGCAGAUGUUCGAGCUCGAGGUCGGAGACAACCGCGCGCCGCAACGGCUGCUCGUCACGGUCGAAGCCGAGGACGAGUACGAGAACGUGGGGCGCAGACUCUUCAACGCGCAAACACCCAGCCUGCGACGAGGCGCGACGACGACCACGAUCCCCCUCGGUGGCGACAAGAGAGUCACGGCAGUCAAGACCCCGGCGCGGAGGGGCCGUCCGCCCAAGAAUGCCACCCCGGGACCCAGCGGCGCGACGACGACGUCGAGGAAGAGGGCCGCGACCCCGAAGAAGACACCCAGACCGGCGCGCAGGCCCAAGAUCGGAGAUUCGGACGAGUUGAACUCCGAGUUGACCGGUGUUCAAGGGACGCCGAAAUCGAUCAUGCGCCGCACAACACGCGGUUCGAGUCGACAACCACGCGACAGCUCCGCGGACCCUGCGCCUUCGACGACGACGACGACGCGGCGCCGUGGUAGGCCGAGGAAGGUCGACUUCAACCCCGACGAGACGAUUCACACGAUCGAGGACGACUAUCAGGGCGUCGCGCCGUCUGACGAUAUUUUGGCGGCGGUGAUGGAAGAUAUGGCCGUGGACGAUGCUACCCCGGCGCGGGAGCAAACAACACAAAAGCUGCCGGACUCCGACCAGGAUAUUUGGAUGGCUACGAUUGACGACGAAGCGACGCCGAGGCCAGCAACACAGGUGAAUACGACACUACAGCAUAGCCCAUCGCCGGCCUACCCUCAGAAGAGCCCGACCCCGUCUGAUCGGUUCCCCUCCGAGGACGGCAACGAGCCUGCUUACGAUAACUACGACUUUGGCCCGGGGCCCGCCAGCGAUAUUUCAUCCCUUAUUGACGGUAGCCAUGGCAAUGCCAGCGGUGGUUCUCGUGAUCCCGAACUGGAUACUGUAGCGCAGGGCGAGGAUUUCAGUAUGAUUUUUGCCAACUCAAUUCCCUCAUUGCGGGGCAAUAUGAGCGUGCAGGCUUCUGGGCCUGAAGAUUUCGGCGAGGAGACAAGCUUGAUCAUCAACAAAACGCUAGAGUCGCUGAGACAGAGCGGUGCUCUGCGGAUGGAUGACGACGAAGACGAAGUUGUUGAAGUGCCCUCUGAACCAACCGUCCAAGUUGAGGAGGGAAUGGAUCACAACAGUACUCGACACGAAGAGGCUUCACCGUCAAACAGGAUUGAGGCCCUUAUGGACUCUCUGGUUGAUACCACCACCGAAUUCAACCACGAGACCGUUCCUGACGUCACGGGCGAAGUCAACGUCGAGUCUAUCGUCGAUAUCAGCGCUGUUCAACACUCACCGGUCGACCUGCCCUCACUGCCUACUCCAAGGCUACAAGCACCGUCUAUUGGAGCGAACGACAACACACCGAGCAAGGCCUGGACCCGAAGCAGCCCUCGUCGCAAAUCCAUCCCACUGGGCCGGAAGCUCCUGGAGAGCAAGGCACGUCAAAUGGACGAUUCGUUCUCCAGCGUUCCCUCCAGGAUCCUGGCGGCGGCGACCCCUAAAAAGUGGGGAUCAUCUAGACGAAGCUCGGCUUCAAGGAGGAGUUCGAUGGCGAAAGAGGACACUUCGGCCGCGUACGAAGACGAGUUCUCCGAGGUUCCCGAGGACAUCUUGGAGGCGGCUACGCCUGGCAGGACGCUACAACGAGUUGAUGAGACUGAAAUCGAUGAAGAAGCUGAGGCCGCGCCAGACGAUGACGACAUGAUGGAGGCACAAGACGACGACAGGGUGGAGGACCAAGAUGACACCAUCGAGGCAGCGCGGUUCAGACCGUCACCGACAAAAAGUGCUGCCUCCAACGCGAGUGUCUCUUUCACUCGCUCAGACUCCGGUAGAAUGCCGACGCCCGACGAUACGCCUUCGCCCAACGACGUUCCCGCCCCUGAGUCGGACAACAAGACUAUCGACGCACCGCAGACUUCUCCGCUUGCGGAGCAGCCUCAAGUGCCUGGCGAGACAAGCCGUACCCGGAGUCGUACCAGAAGUUCUUCGUCCGUCGCUGAGCAAUCCCGUUUGUCCCAGCAAAUGCGUUCUUUCGUCGACGAGCAAUCUCAGCUCCCUGAACAGCAAAGCUCCUCUCCGGUGGCUGAGCAUUCGUACAUGCCCGAGCGGAGGAGCUCGUCUCCCGUUGGCGAGACAACUUACAUGCCUGAUCAGAGAAGCUCUUCCCCUGUCGGCGAAGAAACCUACCUCCCUGAUCAGAGAAGCUCCUCCCCCAUGGCCGAGCAAUCUCAUCUACCCGAGGGAAACCCUUUGUCUGUUCAUGAGCGAUCUCAUUUACCGGAGAGGAUUUCUUCACCUAUCCAUGAGCAAUCACGCCUACCUGAUAGAAGAAGCUCUUCACCUGUUCGCGAACAAUCCCACCUGCGCGAACGGAGCUCUUCUCAUAUUGCUGAGCGAUCGCAUAUGUCUGAGGCGAGAAACGAGGUCAGAAACGAAGUCAGGAGCUCCUCUCUUCCCGUCGGAGACCUCACAGUCAACCUGCCCAACGCAACCAGCGAGUACAUUACACCUGUAGCUCCAGCUUCAUCUCCCAUUCCAUCGCCGGAUGUCAAUCUUCUGGCACCUCGUGCGCCAUCGCCAGACAAUGGCAUGCGUCCCACGCUCUCCCCCAUCGUUCGUGCUGGACGGGCUCUGCAGAGCGUCACUUCGGAUGCCUCAUCGCCUCCUCGGCAAAACUCUCUCGGCAGCCCGUUCAGGCCUACCACGAGCAGCAGCCAGCUUCAGCCUCAGUCCGCCAGCAAAUCGAGGAACAGCUGGACUCAGCCGUUAUCCAACCUCAUUCAAGCCGGAGCUCAGUUCUUCCAGUCACCCACUCGACAUGUUGCUCAGCCUUCAGCUCCGCAAUCAGCAAGCCAACCGCCUUACGAGGACCCUUUCGGUGCUGAGAACAAUCACGUCGGUCAGCCAAGCUUCAUGGAGGCCUUGACCAAGAGCAUACGGUUUUCAUCUCCUAGCCGGCAGCCUGAAGCCCCUGCUUCGCCGUCCGGAUCUCUCCGAGUCGCGCCAGCUGAUGAGGCUGACGAGAUGAGCUGGAUGCAAGAGGAGCCUGCCCCUCGGGAGCAGCCUUUCGCUCCUUCUCGAUCCGCGAACUCAAGCAUGGAUGUAAUCGGCAAUUCCUUCGGCAGCCAACAGCCCAGCUUCGAGCAGCCUAGCCUUGAAAGGGCCGGUUUCCGGCGAUCCGUCCAGAAGCCCGCAUUUGACAAUGGAGUUCUGGAGGAUGCCGACGAGACUGAGGUCGAGGAGGAGCAGGAGGAGGACCCCGAGGAGGAGGAGGAAGACGAAGAAGACAUCUGGGCCGUUGAAGCAUCAAGACCAGCAUCCCAGUCAAGCCGUCAGGAAGUCUCAGACAAACAGUCCGUCAGAUCGAUUCCCGCACAACGCGCCGCUAUCCCGAGCCCAUGGCAGAGACGUGGCGAGAUACCUCAAAAACAGCCAGUCUUAACCCCUGGCGCAUCUCAUCGCCACCAGUCCAUCGCCGAUGACGCGGAGGCUGAAGACUUUUCCAUGCUCUCCCAGCAGCGCAGCCGCCAGAAGCAGAUCCCCCAAAAGGCUUUCCAAAUCGCCCAACAAUCAUCCGCAAAGAAGGAUCUGUCUGCCUUCUUCUCAUCCCCUGCGCUUUUGCCUGGCACAGAAGGUGUCCAGAGCAUCCUCGACGCGAAGAAGCGGGAGAACAUGUUCGCCUCAAGAGACCUGGCGCAGCCUGCCGAGAAGCCCUCUGCCGGUCUCGAAACGAACUCCAUGUUCCCCUCCGUUCCGCAGAAGGCGUUCAACCCAUCCGCCAGCGGCCGUUCGGAUCUCUUCUCCCCCCCCAAGUCCAGCGCCAUCAAACCCAGCGCUGCUAAGCCGGUCCAAAACAACACGCGCCGGGAACUUUUCUCUUUCUCGAGGUCCAGAAGCGAUGCCCGUCAACCCUCCGAGAUCCCUGACUCCCAGCCCCCCAGGUCGGACGAAAUCGUCUUCCCCUCCGUCGCGCAGAAGAAGAACUUCACACCGAGAUCGGGCCAGAAGACAAACAACCUCUUCAGCAAGUCCUCGGCCCCGGUCCCCUCCCUCACCCCGGUGCGCAUGCAGCUCACCCGCGCGGACAUCAAGAGGUGGCAGGAGGAUAGUGCCUCCGCCAUCGCCGAAGACAGUCCCGAGGUCCCCCGCCGGAAUCUCCGCCCCCUGCCCGACAGGAACCUGUCUCCCACCAAGUCCUGCCUGCGGUCCCCCCUCAAGCCGCGCACGCCGGGCCGAGUCGUCGAGUUUACGAGCAGCGUCCUCUCCCCGCUCGCGCAGGCUCAGGCUCGCGCCGAACGCCGCAUAUCCUUCAGUUCCAACGGCAGCAGCGCGGCCGUCAGUGGCCAGCAGCAGCAGCAACAACAACAACAACAGCAACAGCAGCGCACCGCCCCCAUUCCCGAGGAAGAUAAGGAGAACGAUGUCUCGGAAGACACCGAGGAAAUGGACAUAUCCAUGACCGAAGCCCCAGAGACAAGCCCGCCCAAGGCGGCCCCAGCCCCCGCGCAAGCCACCCAAACCACCCGCCUCUCGCAGACGAUGUGGUCCCGCGAUCACUGGCUCCUCCUCGCCGAGCUGAUCCAACUGCGCAAGCAGGGGCCCUUCAACUUCCAAUGGCCCGCCGGCUUCCAGCGCAAGUCGGGCUGGCUGCUCGGGAGGCCCGUCAUCUCGCACGGUACCAGCCUGGUUAUGGACCAGUGGCAUCUCGACGUGGUUGACGCAUUCAAGGCCGAGGUCGGCGGGUGGGACGAGGAGACGCUCGCCAAGAGGGUGUUUUCGCUGAUCGUCGGCGAGAAGCUCCGGAACGAGGGGCGCUCGCUGCGAGGCCCGUCAGUGAAGUUUGUUUAG